AUGUCCUCCACUGAAAGCCAAUUAGAACAAAGUUUAGGAAGACUUCAGAUAUCAGAGUCUGACUCGCAAGAAACGUCCAUCGCGGUCCAGGUGCAAUGGGUGCCCUCUAAAUACAGCUCAGACGUAUCUCAGUACGUUCUAGUAAAGCCUCCGAGGGCUCCAUGUGGCAAUCGUUGGCUGUUUGGGUUUCCUAUCGUCAAGAGGGAACUUUGGAACAUGGGGACAAUUGCUUUCAAGCAAAUUUGGCCAGACAGAACUUUACCAGACAACAAUACCUACAUCGCCAUGAAUUCCCUUACAUUUCUCCAGGUAUAUGUUGAACUUGACGUUUGUACUAUGGCAUAUGGAAAGGUGGUUGGAGAUUUGAAGAAUAUCCCAUCGGAGUGUGUGACAUCGGGAGAGGUGCUCGUGUUGGUAUUGUGGAGGAAUACGGAACGUGAGGCUGCCUGUCCAACGCAAAGUCAAGUGCAUUCCCUGGAGAUGAAGCUUAAGCGCCCACCAGGAUGGUGGGUGGAAGUCCCACAGUUUUGA